AUGGUAUUGAUGGCCGUUGGAGCGGCUGGUCAGCGUGUCUCCCUGGCACCAUUACUCGAGGCACAGCAUACAAAUGAAAAUGAAUAUGAAAGAAUAGGGUGGAAGAGACUAAUACGUUUUUUAAUGGUAGUUUUUGCUGCCAUAGGAGCUUUGGUGCUCCCAUUAGUUAAAGAUUGGAGCCUCCUGUUUGGAAUCCCAGCAAUCAUCACUGGCAUUGCGACCAUAUUUUGUUUUACUGGAUUAUGUUGUUCCAGAUACAUAUCCCCGCCACCAGACCUGGACCAAAUAUAUUACUUACCCAAAAUCUUUACUGCCCGUAUGACACUGAUGUGGACGACUUUUAUAACCUAUGGAAUGGUGUCCUCACUUGGUAGAACAUACUUCGUAGACCAAGCAAAGCACCUGGACCGCCGUCUAGGCAAAUGGGAGGUUCCUACUCAGGUGUUGCUGCUGGCUCAGAUAUGGUUAGCCAAAUUACUCUAUUAUGUGACACGUAAACUUUUCCGAGCAAGUACAGAGAUUUUCAUGGCCAAGCUAUUCGGGGUACUAUGUUGUAUGACUGCUGCAAUAAUGGAGAGAAAGAGGGUUGGCAUUGUUAGAAGCCAUGGCUUGCUGGAUAAACCUGAUCAAGAUAUUCCCAUGAGUGUGCAUUGGCUAUUUUUCCAGUUCAUCUUUCUCGGAUGCAUGGACAGGUUGUUCAAGGUGAGUGUGGAUGGAUUCAUUGAAAACAAACCAAGAAAAGAACGCAGAAGAAUACCUGAUGCAUUGACAGAGUGCCUUGAGAUAUACAGCCAGGGCGCGUACGGGCUGGGAUUCAUGUGUAGUGUGCUCCUUGUUUUCGUCGUGGGGAAAAUAAGUGAGAAGGGAGAUAAACCGAGUUGGUUCCAGUCCACCUCGAACCGGAGUCAUUUGGACCACUACUAUUGGGUGUUGGCGGUUUUGAGUGGUACGAGUUUAGUCAUAUUCAGCGUGUGGUGUAUUUAUCAACGUUACUUCCGUCCCCAAACCAUCGUGGGACGGAUCUUAUACGUUGUAAUGGUUUAG